UUGUGCAUAUUGUAUAACAUGACGGGGUAUAUGUAUUUUUAAAGCAUUGUUAGCCGUUGAUGAGGAAUUAUGUACAAAUGUACGAAUGGCUAGAGAUAGAGAUAAUAGAGAUGGAAAUGCACUGUAUAUAUUAGAAGACUAAUCAACCAUGGUGAAAGAAGACGAAAACUUUUUAAGAGUUUCCUUAUUGCUGCUUAAAGGGGGUACAUUGGUGUCAAAAGAAAUACUGAAUAUAGAAGUGAAUAAGUCUGGCAAAAACAUUGACGAUCUUCUAAAACCGUUCGAAAAGAAACUCUACUAUAGAACUUUGAAAAAGCAAAGAGAAAAGUUGUUUCCUCAAUAUGGCACUGGAACUAAUAUAGAAGUAUGGGACAUAGCAAUGCUUGUCACUGUCCUGCUAACAGUCUUCAAAAACUCUUUUGAUGAUGACCAGAAAGAUCAUUUAAAAACAAUUAAGACUAUUAGAGAUGAAGUUUAUGCUCACAAUCCAUCCUCUUCACUAAGCAACGAUGAUUAUGAUGAUAUACGCGGGCAGUUAGAGAAAGCAUAUUUGUCUUUGUCAAAUUCGAUAGGAAACGACAAGAAAAAUGAAUGUGAUGACAUUAUAAAGGAAUGCACUAACGAUCCUUUCAGUCCUGAAGACCUAAAGAGACAUUUAGAGAACCAAGAGGACCUUUUCCAAGUAGUGCUUGACAAGAUGAACGAACAUGAAAAAAGUAUUCGCGAAAUGAAAGAUGCUAUAUUGGCUAGACUUGACUCUAUGGAGAGGAAGGAGGAUAGAAGUAUAAAGAAAAUCAAAGUGAUAGAUACAGAGUUAACUUUGAGUGGAGCUGUAAAUGAAAAAGACGACAUAGAUUUCGCUGAGAGUAUAGUCACAACAAUUAUCAAUAAAGCAAUAAGGAAAGCUGGUGGAGAUAAAGACGAUUACCCAAAGAUUCGAAAAGUUGUUGAAAAGAUGCUGGAAGAUAUUAAAGACUUGCCUGAAGUAGAAGUCCUUCAAGCAGUGCAUAAGUGCAUCAUAUUGAAAUUUGAAUGUAAAACAUAUGCCGGUUUACACAGUAUCCUAGUAUACUUGCACAGCGAUGCAUUUAAGAGUAUCCUUAAAGAACUUGCCGUCUCUCUAAAUACAAUUCCAAAACUGAAGGGCAAACAAAUAAAAAUUGAUGCGGACGUGACCUGGGAAUGCCUAAAGAAUAUCUUUGAUACACUAAACUCCGAAACAUCAGAUAGGGAUAGAACUAUUUAUAAACGAACCAUUCGGAUGCCGAUAGAAGUUAAAACGGAAGAAGGGAGAAGACAUCUAUGGUCAAUGUUUGAAAAUGGUGGAGCUACUAAUAGAUUAAAUGAACUAUCAGAAGCAGUUUUUGAAGAGUUACACACUCGAAUUACAGUGACACCUUCCGUUGGUUCAAGGGAGAUUGAAGAUGCCGUAAGACAGACAGAUAACCAAUCUAAAAGAUUAAUGGAUAUUCCGGACGAAACAGCGGCAAACGUUUUAACAGCUAAACAUGGCAGAUGUCAAUCAAAAGCGUCUGCAAGUAGUGGCAGCGUCAAGAAGAGAAAGAAUAUCCGAUAUUCGGAGAUGAAACAGCCACCAUUGAUCAAACAAUUGAAAGGAAUUUUAUCUGAAUACCCAGAUGGUGGUCAAAUACUGAAGGAGUUGAUCCAAAAUGCAGAGGACGCUGGUGCCAGAGAAGUUAGAAUUCUUCAUGAUAAAAGGAGAAUAAACCAAAAUACCAGCAGCCAAUGUGAGACAACUCCAAUUUCUACGAAAUUCUUUAAGGGUCCAGCACUUUGUGUGUACAAUGAUGCAGUGUUCUCAGAGAAUGACUGGGAAGGUAUACAAAUGAUAUACAGUAGUAACAAAGAAGAAGACCCAAUGAAAGUGGGACGGUUUGGUUUAGGAUUCAAAUCUGUUUUUCACUUAACAGACUUUCCUUGUGUCAUAAGUGGUAAAACAGUACUUUUGAUAAACCCCCAGAAAUCUGGAAAGAGAGUUAACAUUUCACUAGACCUGUGUACGCUUGAGGAUUAUGAGGAGGAGGGACUAGAUGCAAAAGCAUUUUGGGAAGCCUUAGAGGAUACAUUCGGUCUUUGCAGAGCAACUCUGCCAAAAGAUGGCUUCCAAGGUACCAUAUUUUGGUUCCCACUUCGUGAAAACCCGUCCGUUCUCUCAGAAACUUUGUACAAUGAAAGUAAGGUUAAAAAUCUAUUUGAUUCAUUUGCAUCGGAUGCAUCAAACAUAUUACUAUUUCUUAAAGAUAUUGAGAAAAUAUCAUUGCAUACCAGGGAUAAGGACAGAAAAAUAAACGAAACUCUCCGACUGGAAAUUGAGGACAAAGAUGGUGCUGUAAGAUGUACCCGGCAAGCUUUUAAGGACCAAAUUCAGAACCAAAAUAUAACCGCUGAGUGUCCAGAUAUACAUUUUACAAUACACCUUGUAAUACACAUGUUGUAUGGUGAUAAAGAAGAGCGUCAGGAAUGGCUGGUUGUAAACUACUUUGUAAAAGACAGUGCAUCAGCUGGUUUCCGAAAAUUGAUACUAGAUAAAAAUCUAGGAUACAGCCCAUAUGUUGGAGUUGCAACACCUCUUAAAGAAAUUGAAGAUGACUUUGAGGGACAUGUUUUUUGUUUCCUGCCGUUGCCAAAGGAAGGUGAGCGGUUGACUGGGUUACCUGUGCAUGUAAAUGGUUUCUUUGCACUCAGCCAAAACCGACACCAUAUGAAAUGGGAGACCGAGGAACAAGAGGGAAGGCCAAUAGAUGACAAGUCAAUUCUUUGGAACAAAGCUCUGAUUGAGGAAGCCCUUCCAAAAGCAUAUGAAUUACUUGUCUUGGAAAUUAUAGAAGUUUCCAAGAAGAAUUCAAAUGAUGAAAUGUCUAUAAAGGCCGUAUAUAACACAUUGCCAACAUGUAAAUCAUCACCAAGAAAGACCCACAAGAGAUGGAUGCAGUUAGAAAAUAAACUUUAUGAAUAUCUUUGUAAAAGAGAAAUGGUAUAUGCAAUGCACACAAGGGAAUGGAUCGGCGUAAGAAAAGCAUUCUUUGCAACGUUUAGGACAUUGUCCAGUAGUGAAGGUGAUUUUGCACUGCAGGAAUCUGUCGUGAGAUGUUUUCAGAAAAUAGGCGUCCAGUAUAUUGACAUUCCAUUUUCCUUGUUUGACACAUUGCAAGCACAUUUUCCAUACAUAAAAGAUCUCACCCAGGAAUCAUUAGCUUUGCAACUGAAACAACAACAACAAUAUAAGGAAUUGACACACAAGGACAAAAUUAAUAUCUUUAUCUAUUUAGUAAGAAACAAGGAAAAUUUUGCCAUUCUUCAAGACCUUGAGUUAUUACCCCUGGCUUCUGACAAGUGGAUUGAGUUUAGGAAAGGUAGUCAGCCCGUUUACCUUUGUUCUGAUGCAGCUGUGAAGAUGUUUCCAGGCCAAGAGAAUAGAAUGGUCAUGAAAUCUGCAAAACUUGGACCACAGCUUACAGAAAUCAUUGAAAAAAUAUGUAAUUCAGGAAGCUACCAAGUUCAAAGAUUAGAUGUUAAGUUGGAGAAGACGUUAAUGAUGCAAACACUGAAUUUCCACUUUGGAUCUGGUGAAAAUGUCCGAUGGACAAAAACGUCGAGUCUUCCAAGUCAGUGGAUGGAAAAUGUAUGGCAUGUUCUCAUCAACAAAAACAUGGUAAAAUGUUUCAAAGAUAUACCUUUAGUGCCGAUGCUGACUCAAGGAAGCUGGACUGAUCCAGAUGUUAUUGAAUUGGUAAGAUUGUCAGAUUUCAUUAUUAUAAAAGAAUAUGAACUUACUAGAGAAUGCAUUCUAAAUGAUGGAUUAGAGAAUUGUCUUAAAGUAUUGAAUGUAAAGGUACUGUCGAGUCUUCCAGAAUGGAUACAGUUUGAAUCAGUUAAAGAAUUUGUUAAGCGGCCAACAAAGGAAGAUAUUAUUUAUCUAUUCUGUGAAGUGCACAAAAUGAUGGGAGAAAAUGCAGUGUCUACAUUAAACGCUGCUUUUGAAUCGAAUUUCCAGUUGAGAGAAUCAUUACUUCAGUUUGCAUUUGCCUUGGCAUAUAUUGAACCAGAUAUGGUAAAAAUGUUUCAAAAGCUUAGAAUGUUCAAGGGUGUGAAUUCAAUGGAAGAUGAUGGUAAGUUUUCUGCCAUUGCUGAUGUUCGUAGAUUUAUAUCUGGUGAUAUAAACUUCCCUGCAGGAAUCAAUUUUCCAUUUAAAUGUUUAAAAGUAGAUAGUCAAGAAGAGAGUUUGAUUACCCGAUUGGAUGCUGAAAAGGUUAAACUUGAAACACUAGUUUCACAUGCAAUCAUGGGUCUACGUGCUUCCAAAACGGAUGUUCAAAUUUUAGACUUUAUGAAUUAUUUCAUUGAACAUUUCCACUUGUUUGAAAACAACAAAGCUAUUUGUGAUGCUGCCUCAAAACUGCCGUGUCUAAGGGUAGGAACAAAGCUAUGCUUACCGUCUGACCUUUAUGAUCCAUCAGAUUCAUCACUUCAAAGGUUGCUCAUUGGGGAGUCAUUGUUUCCAGAACCGUUGACUGAGUUUUGUGACACAGAAAUACAAGCACUAAAGAGACUAGGCCUGAAAGGUAUAGACAAUCUAACUGGAGAUGUCAUGCUGAAAGUUGCCAACACAUUAGAUAUUUGGGAAAGAGAAAAGCGGAGUUCUGAGGAUAUGUCAAAGAAAACGAAGGAAUUUGUUAGUGUUUUAGAGAAAUUACCAAAUUUAUUGAACCAAAAAUGUUCGAGCGGAUCAUAUCUAGGUAAUGCUUUGAUGUCAGUUCAAUGUAUGCCAGUCAUGCGCACUCCACCUACAGAUUACCCGAACGGGAUGCCUUGGUUUUCAGAAAGCAUUGAUCUCUGUAAACCAGAAGACGCAAAACAUGUUAAGUGGAGCCUACUGACUGGAGGUACAACACCAAUGGUUAAUUGCUCCUCAGACACAGUUAUAAACUGGUUUAGAUGGAAAAAAGCCCCUUCAAUUGACAUAGUGAUACAGCAGCUUUCCUUGAUUAAUCAAAACUAUAACCAGAAACACAAACCGGAUUAUUCGAGAGCUAUCCAAAAAAUUUACCAAUAUUUGCAUGAAGUGGACGGCAAAGGUUCAGAUGUCAAAUGCUAUUUGGAUAGAGCAAUUGUAAUAUGGACUGGUGAAGGUUUUGUACAACCACAAAAUGUUAUCAUUAAGAAAAGGAAAUGUGAUUUAGAUAUCCGGCCGUAUUAUUAUUUCUUACCUGAAGAGUUGCAAGAAAUGGAUGAAUUAUUUUUAAAAUUGAAUUGUAACAAGGAACAAGAUACUGUUAUACUCAUUAAUGCUUUACAAAGCAUUAAACAAAAAUACGAUUCACAUGAUUCAUACUCAAAUCCAUUGUCUUCAAAAGACUUGGAUACCAGUAUUGUGUUAGAAAUUUUAAAAGUUCUUGCAGAGAAGAAAACAGAAGGCCUACUUCAUAUUGAUGAGUCAGAACUACUGAUGUUAGUGGAAGAUCACUCAUUAGAAAAGCUUAGUUUACAGACAAUGUCAUUGUGUUUAUUUGAUGACGACUUUGAUGAACUUGAUGAAGAAGAGGAAAGAAAAUUUUACAUUGUAAACAAAGAAGUACCAAUAUCUAUAGCAAAGCAAUUGGGGGUCAAGUCUGUUAAAAAGAAAACAAUUUUAAAUGCUACAAAAGGAUUUAGUUUCAAGGAAUCAGGCCAACAUGAGUCACUUACAACCCGAAUAAGUACAUUACUUAGAGAUAGUUAUAAAGAUGGCUUUUCUGUACCGAAAGAGGUUAUUCAGAAUGCAGAUGAUGCAGGUGCAUCUGUUGUGAAAUUUCUGUAUGACGAGAGAGUGAAUCAUGAUGCAAGGAGAGUAGACAAAUUAUUUACUUCAGAAUUACAGGAGUGCCAAGGUCCUGCCUUAUGGGUUUAUAACAACUCCGUGUUUACGGACAAAGAUCUCGUAAAUAUAAGGAAACUUAAUGGAGCAACCAAAGCUGAUAACUUGGACAAAAUUGGUAAGUUUGGACUUGGUUUUUGCUCAGUGUACAACCUCACAGAUGUUCCAAGUUUCAUAUCCGGAAAUGACAUGAUUAUAUUUGACCCACAUGAGUAUUAUAUAAAGGAGGCUUUGCGAAAGUCUGACACAGGAUUAGGGGUUGAAUUAACAGAGCGUAAUCUAAUACGACGGAAUGUUGACCAGUUUAAGCCUUACCAUAACGUCUUUGGCUGUGAUGUGCUUGAAAAAUCAUUCACUAAAUUUGAUGGCACUUUAUUUAGACUACCCUUGAGAACAGACUAUCAAGCAGCAAACAGUGAAAUCUGCAAAAGUGUAUACACUAAAGGAGAAGUUUCUACACUGCUUGGUCAAUUUGUUGAAAAUGCAGGAAAUGUACUGUUGUUUUCUCAAAAUAUCAAAACUGUGCAGAUUUUCCAUCUUUCAGAAAAGGAAUCUGAUCCUUCCAAUGCUAAGCUCAUAUUCAGUGUUGAAAAAUUAAGUGAAACAAAGUACCAACAAUUACAAACGGGACAGUCAAAAAGCAUUUUGAAUCGUAUACCUACUAUAAUGAAAAAUAGGGAGGAGUUUUCUGAACUCGAGCAUGUGAUUAUAACACAACAUUUUUAUAAAAACUCGUUCAUAUCCUACUCUGAUGAACAAUUGCAUAAAUCGUUUGAAACAAAAUGGCUUAUAUCUUGGGCUCUUGGUAAAAAUGAGUCUCUUAUCCUGUCAAGGGAAACAUCUGAAAAGGCUGCAGUGCCACUAUCAGCUGUUGCUGUACCAGUGGAAAAUAGUGCAAAGUACCCUCGUAUGUUGAAUGAUGUUACAACAGGCUUUUAUAAAGAAGGCCAUUUAUUUUGUUUUCUACCUCUUCCGAUAAAAACCGGCUUGCCAGUGCAUCUAAAUGGGUGUUUCAGCGUAACAUCAGACAGGAGAGCUCUUCUUUCCUUUACAGAAGAUGAUAAAAGAAAAGGGGAUAGCUAUGUUUGGAACAAGGCUUUGAUGGAAGAUGCAAUGGUCUUAAGUUAUAUAGAGCUAUUAAAGAGUCUUUGUACAGACUGUUCUGAUAAAUAUAUUUAUCAUUCUCUUUGGCCAUUAGAAGGAUCUCGUGACGUUUUUCCUCUCGAGCAAAGCUUCUUUAAAAAACUUAUUGCAGAUGAAACAAAGCUUUUUAAGGGAGACGGUAAAUGGCUUUGUCUUGGUGAAGUCCUUUUCCUAGAUCCAACUGUACGAUGUACUGAGAUAGGAACUAUCGCGUUAGAAUUUCUGUCAUUUGUUCCUCCAAGAUCGCAUAAAACUGUAAUUGAAUUACCUCCGAUUGUCUUGAAAGGUUUCAUAGAUUGCGAUUUGAGAAAUACUAUUGAACAAAUAAUUAUAUCGGAGGAGGAACUUAUCAUGCAUUUCUUGAAUACGUUAAGUACAUCUUUUUGGGAUAAUCAGUUUGAUAAAAGGAAUGCAAUGAUACUUUUUGCUCUCAGAACUAAAUCUAAAGCAGUUCUUCAAAAAAUGAAGGAAACGAAAUGUAUUCCUUCUGAACCAAGCAAUAACCUUUGCAGGCCAAACGAAUUAAUAAACACUUCAUCAGAUAUAGCUGAAAUGUUUGAUAUUCCAGAGGGAUAUUUUCCAUGGAAAGCAGACGGUUUUUGUGAUAAAACAGUCAUAGAUCAACUUAUAAUUCUUGGAAUGAAUGAUAGGUAUAUUCCUAAUGAAAUGCUUUUUGAAAGAUGUAGGUCGCUAAGAGAAUUGUUGAAAAUUUGUGGUUCCUGUGCCCGAGACAGAUGUCUAAGAAUAUUAAAGUACUGUGGAAAAUAUAAUGUGCUUAAAAAAUUGGAAAAAGAUAUAAGUUCAGUGGAGAAGCUUAAAUGUAUGCUUUUGAUCCCAGUCCUUCCAACACCCAAAGACUGGAAAUUCAGUUGGAGAGCAGACGAAUUACAAAUGCAUAACUCAAAUGAAGAAUGUAAUAAACAUUGUAGUAGCAUUAAACGUAUCAUAAGGUUUGAUUGUCCAGGAUCCUUGUUCAAAGAAUCACUUUAUAUUUGCUGUGGAAGUGUUUGCAGUUUUAUACAUGAACAAUUUUUAUCAGAGAAGAACUUACUAUCGGAACAUUUACUUCAAAUUUUAGGGGUGAAGAGUGAGGUAUCAGUACAGCUACUUAUUUCUCAGUUGAAAAUGUUGUCAAAUCAAUACACUGACCCUCAACAACAAUGCAACAAUUUAGAAAUAAUUUGUAGAAAGAUAUAUGAAAAUUUAGCCCGGUUAAUUGAUGGGAAAUCUGAGGCGGAAAUUUCAAAAAUAUCUGAUUUUUCAAACCUUACUGGGACACCUUUGAUACAUAUUGGUAAUGAACUAGUUAUGCCUAGUAAAGUAGCAUUUGAAGUGAAGGCUGAAUGCCGCCCUGAGUUAUAUUGCCUACGAGAUACCAAUCAUGAUAGGAGAAAAGUAUUCAAAGCGCUUGGAGUUGUUGAGUAUUUUUCAGUAAAUUUCCUUAUAGAGGUGCUCAAAAGAAUACACAAGAAAUGGAACCAGAGUGUAUGUGAAGAAGUAGAGUUAGUCUCACUUGUUCUUCUUAAUCUACACAAAAAUAUGGAAAAGGAAAAUAAGGUUUAUCAGGACUUAGAAGCAGAGCAUGCAAAUAUUGUUGCUCCUGCCACUGACGGAAUUCUUAGACCUACCAAUAAAUUAGUGAUAGAGGAUCCAGCUUAUCAAACAUCAGCCAAUCUUCAUAUACUACAUGGACAAAUAUCACCUGAUACUGGUAAAGCAUUAGGUGUAAAAUCAAAACAACGAGGUAUAGUUGAAUGCUUUACAAGUGGAUUUUUUACACCAUUUGGACAGAAUGAAAGCUUAGUGACAAGACUAACUGGUAUUCUGGAAGACUAUCCAUGCGACUCGAGUAUCAUGAAGGAACUCAUUCAAAAUGCAGAUGAUGCAGGAGCUACAGAAAUACAUUUUAUCAAGAACUAUGAAUCCCAUUCGUCAACAAAAAUGUUUGGAAAUCAGAACUUACUAGGGCCAUCGUUAUGCAUCUUUAAUGAUAGUUAUUUUACUGAAGAAGACUUUAAUGGAAUACGAAAUAUUGGACUUGGAAGCAAACGAAAUGAUCCGUCAAAAACAGGACAGUAUGGUAUUGGGUUUAAUGCAGUUUAUCACUUAACAGAUGUACCAUCAUUCCUAACAAAGGGUCCAGGACUAGGAAAUUGUGGACAAAUGUGUAUAUUUGACCCUUUGAUGACAUAUUUAGAAGGCUAUGUUACAAAAGAAAACCCAGGAAUUAAAUGUGAGGUAGAACAAAUGGCAAAAUCUUUUCCAGAUAUGCUUCUUGGAUAUCCUGAUAUAUCACUGAUGAGUAGUUCUGGACGAGGUACAAUUUUUAGACUACCUUUUCGUCAAGUAAGGUCAGAUAUCAGCAGAAAUGUUCUUUCCGUCAAUACGAUGAAUGCUCUUCUUCAUCAAUGCAAGGAAGACAUGUCUGAAUGUUUGUUGUUCCUAAGAAAUGUUAAAUGCAUAAAAAUAUCUACCUACAAUGAUGGAAAGUUAACAGAAGAGUUUAAGGUGGAAGCACAAUUGACAGGAAACGAUAGUUUAUCCCGAACAAAUUUUUUUUCAAGUGUACAGGAACGCGUAAGUGCAAAUCGGGAAUGUCGACACAAUAUGUUUUAUCAUCAACCAAUAGAGUCUUCCUAUUACCUAAAGAUUAUUGGAAAAUCUGGGAAGAAUGAAAACUGGUUAAUUAUAAAUAGAUUUGGCAUUGAUCGUGUUGAUGAAAAGUACAGUGAUAUUAUGUCAGCUGUUAAGGAGAAAAGAAUUGGUUUGUUACCUUUAGCAUCUGUAGCUCUACUGGUACCAAAAACGAACAUCAAACCAGUCAGUGCACAAGUUAAACCUCGAAAUACUUUGAAAGGAAGGGCUUUCUGCUUUCUUCCCUUGCCAGUUGAAACUGGGCUUCCUUUUCAUGUCAAUGGUCAUUUUGCACUAGAUAAGGCAAGGUCAAAACUGUGGAAUGAAGGAAUAAAGAACUUAUGGAAUAUAUUUGUUCUAGAUGAAAUCAUUUCUGUAGCGUCAGUAAAGGCAAUAAUGCUUCUAAAAGGAGUUUUGCUUCAUGAAAACUCACUCAACAGGAAAGUGUGUGAUCAAAUUUUAGGAAUCUACCAUCACUAUUUUCCUGUAUGGGACAAAGCUUCAGAUAAUUUUUGGAAGUUUCUUGUCAGCAGUUUCUACAGGAAAGUUAUUGAAGGCAAAGCAACAAUAUUUCCGUCCUGUAGUACUAGUCUUGUUCAAGAUAAUUGUCAAACAUCAGAAGAUACAGAUAUUAGAUGGGUAUAUUUGUCUUGCUCAGAAAAUGAUUUUGAUGGUACAUUUAAUGAUAUAAUGGGAAGAACAGAUACGAUAUCAUUCAUAAGAAAGGAAAGCAUCUUAGUAGAAAAUGCCUUUAAGAGAAUGGGUAUGAAAAUAAUUGAAACCCCAAAAGGCAUUUACACUUCAAUGGAAAAGUCUAAAAUUGAUUAUUUGCCAAAAUGUUGUCCAAAAUAUGGCAUGAAGUUUUUGAAAACAUACAAAGAUUUUGAUAGUAACAGUAACUGUUGUAAUUUAGGAGGAAUUGAUAUUUCUAUAUCAGAAACAACAGUUUCAGAUGUAGGUACUUUAAAAAGUAUUAUACGAUUUGUUCGGUUAGAUGAGAGUUUCAAUGAGCAGGUAUGUGGACUUCCUUUGUGUCUAACAAGUGACAGUAUAUUGAGCAGAUUUAAAGCGAACUCGCCAGUUUAUUGUUCGGAAAUGUGUGAUGUACUUACUGGAUCAGCUAGUAGGUUCAUAAAUUCACAUUGUAUACAUCUUAUAAACAAUGAUGUGUUUUAUGACGCAGGUGUUGCAAAGCGGUUUGAAGUAAAUGAUUUCAUUUCAAUAAUUGCUGAGACUUUUGACCGGAAUACAUUUGCAACUGGAAAUCACAUAUUAUGGGACAAGGAAAAAGGUAUUCCAAUCAAACAGGAUGUUGUUUAUAAGAUAUUUCAGUUUAUUUACAAUAAAUCUCUUGAUAGUGAUUUGAAGCAUCUUAACCAGCAACAGUUUGAAGUAAACGUGAAACAAUUCAGAGACUGGGCAUUUUUGCCAUCUUGUAGUAGUUUUGGCUCUGAAACAACUAAUCAGCUUGUACCAAUUGGACAAACGUGUAGUUUACUCUACAAAUUGCCAAGAAGCAACGAUAUUGAUAUCAUUCUUUCAAAAUUUAACAUUCCUUGUCUAGACAAAAUCCUAUUUCUCAACAAUGAUACAGGUUUACUUUCUCCUUUACUGAAAAUGUUGCCUUCAACAGAGCGACCAUUAGAAUUGUUAGAGUGCUUACUGCAUUACAAAUUGAAAGUUCGAAGUACUUCCCUUUUGCCCCAAGAAAGUAUAACAUUGCUAAGCUUCUUCAAUAACAAUCUAAAUGUACUGAAACAGGAGAUUGCAGAUGAAAAUAACUUAGACAUGAAAUUGAGAUGUUUACCGCUUUUUGUUACACACUUUGGACAAACCAUAAGUAUUGACGGUUUUACCGAUGUAAUAGUAUUACAGCGAGGGUUACCGGAAGAUGGGUUAAAUAUAUGGGCAGAAAGAACAGGAAUUUGCGUUCUCAAGACGACUGAUCUACUCGAAAAAUUGUAUGAAUUCUUGAAGCUUUCAAGAAUGAGUAAUAUCGAUGUGUAUAUAACUAAAAUAUUGCCAAAAAUACACAAUUUACCAAGGGAGACCUGGAAAGUUCAUAUAGAGUUCAUAAGGGAAAAUCUACUUAAGCUUUAUUUUCAACAAGAGUUAGAUGACAAGCAACGCCUGUUAGUUCGUCAACUAAGUGAUUUACCAUUCGUAACUGUUUCUGGAAUAUACAAAAAAGUUCAUGAUCUUUAUGAUUAUCGCAAUCGAGUCUUUGCAAGUAUGUUGUCACAAGAAAACUUUCUGCCAGAUGAAUAUAGAGAAUACAAAUGGCGAUCUUUUAUGGAAUUCUUAGGACUUAUUAUGAAACCUACAGAUAAAAUGAUUGUAGAGUAUGCCUUGGAAUUAGAUAGACAGUACAGUAGCCCUGUGUCAGAUAUAAUUCAGGAACAAUCAGAAGCAUUGACAGAAUGUGUGUUUACUGAAAAAUGGCCACCCCCGACUUUGAAUCAACUAAAACGGAUACGUUUUGUUUUACCCUAUGUUGUAAAUGAAGAAAGGAGAACAAUAUUUCAGCAGCCAGGAUAUGGAAGAAAUUUAAUUCGCUUUUCGGGAUCAACUUCAUUCGAGAACGAAGACCUAUGCUGGUCAAAUACUGAUCUUCUGCAAUAUAUGCCAAAUGAACAAAAGUUGCGAAACGCUCUAGGUAUUAUAGAAGUUCCAAACAUUGACACAAUAGUUAAGCAUUGUCAAAAUAUAUGUGAUGUUAUGAAGAAACAGCUAGAACAAAAACUUAUUUCAGACCAUUUUGUCAAAUAUCUCAUGCUCAAACUUUACCAUGUCCUACAGAAAAAAUUUCAUAUAUCUAUGCAACAGUCAUUUCAGGUAACCCCUAUUGUAUUUCAUCCAGAAGACCAGGUAAUGCUGCCGUUGAAAGCAGUGGUUGUAAACCUAUCUGAUGACGAAGAAGUAAGGCCUUAUUUGUAUAAGCUUCCGAGUUGUUUUGGAGCAUAUGAAGAUUUGUUUUUAAAGCUCGGGUCAGACAGAACUGUUAAUUCAUCUCAAUAUGCGAGGGUACUGGAAAUUAUCAAGGAACAUUACGGAGAUGAGCCAUUGCCUGCAAAUUGUCUUGCAAAUGUGAAGAGGGCUAUUGAAAAUAUUGUUCGGCUAAUCGAAAAAGAAAAUGAAUUAUUUAAUAAUGUCAGAAAAUUAUAUUUUCCGAAUCAUAGACAGUGCCUUGCUGAUGCUACCACUUUGACAGUUUCAAAUAAUGAUGAUAUAAAGGAACGUCUUCAUGAUAAACUAAAAUUAAAUUUUUUCAUUGGAUUCAGGGAAAUAGAAAUUAUGUCAGUGUCAGACCCAGAAGAACCUUUCGUAAAAUUUCCACAACACUUAAAACCAGACAUACUGACAGAUGUUGUUGUUGAAGAAAUUUCUCUGGAGGAUAUUCAACGGGAGGAUUGUCCAAUAGCUAAAAGAGUGGAAAGUUUCUUUCAAGUCCCUGAUUUUGUUGAAGGUGUACUGCGGCUUGUUAAACAUCAACUGAAAUACAGAGGUCCUUUCCUGAAAGAAAUGUCAUAUGAUUUUAUGUUACGGCUGACAAAUGUUAAAAUUACAAAAGUUUCAGGAUUAAAAACAUUCCUUAACUAUAAAAAAAAUAGAAUUGAUGGGACUGAGAGAGAUGCAACUUGCUUUAUCCAAUCAAACGUUAUUCAAUAUACUGAAAAAGAGAAAGUAAAGGAAAAUGAGCUAUUUUUUCAGGUAAAUGAAUCUGAUGACAUUGUUCAAGAUUUAAUCGAAGAUCCUGACGGAUUGGUGAAAUUGGUAGACCUUUGUACUGAUGGUAUUCUUGAAAAAGAAAUGUCACAGCAUCUGACAGCAAUUCUCCAUAUGCAGAAUAACCCUACCCAAAUAAAGGCCAAACUAGAUAAAUUGCGAAUUGCUGCAUACGAUCUUCCAGCUUCGUUUCCAGUAUCAGUUUUUCCAAGACCUGGUACUUAUGUUGAGGAACGAUUCCAUCCAUUCAUGGAACAAAGUAUUGUGCCAUUCAAGGCUCAUGAAUUCAGGUUUGUAGCUCUUGAAGUUGAAAACGAUGAUGAGUCCGAUGAUUUAGUUUACAUAUAUGCACAUAUAGUACGUGAAAAAAAAAGAGGACCUGGAGGUGGCAUUCUUCAAAUUUCAUACACAGUUGAUGUUGGUAAAAAUGAUAACGAGUAUAUUAGUGUACCAUUACACAGUCUUUAUAAAUUUACACCAAGGCAAAGAGAAGAAGAACAGGCAUUAGUUGUCUAUGAUAUUGAACCAAUAGGUUGUAUACCUAUUGAUGAAAAUUUUAGACGUGUUCGUCAGAUUUUGAGUGAAGCAUGGCUUACCAAAACUGAAACAGAGCGAAAAAGAAUAAUCAGACGCUUGUUGCAACGGUGGCAUCCUGAUAGAAACAGCACUCAAAGAGAUUAUGCAGAACGUGUCUUUAAUUACAUAAAUCAGAUCGUUUUAAAACUAGAAAACAAUGAGACCAUUGUUGACACUGUAAAUGAUGACACAGGGAGGACAAGACCAGAUAUGUCUGGUUCAUCAUUUGGAGCAGAAAGUUCCUCUGCUUUUUCACGCGGUCAAAGGUAUGCUGCAGCAUUUCGUGAUAAUAUUCAAGAAUACAACAGAUCAACUCGAACCGGUAAUUAUUCUCACUCUCGAGCGGAAAAGGCUAUUGUUCGUCAUAUUGGUGAAGCAAAGCGCUGGUAUCGGCAAGCAGUAUUUGAUUUUAAGGCGGCUGAGACUAAUGUAAUCUCUGGAGACAAAGACAAAAGUUUUAACUGGGUGUGUUAUAAAUGCCAUCAGGCUUCUGAAAAGGCACUUAAGGCAGCUUGGUUUGCAAAAAACGCAAAUAGGGCAAGAGAAAAGGGACAUUCUCUAUCAACUAUUGCUUACGGACUUGAUGAGGGAUCAUUGUUCAAUGAGGCACAUAAUUUGGAAGGCAUGACAGGAAAUUACUCAUACAUGAGAUAUCCUGAUGCUGUUGCUGGAUGUACUCGGAUACCUGCAGAAUUAUUUGGAUCUGAUAUGGCCACGAAAGCUAUUGACAUUACAAAGCGCAUACUCGACAUGACAUCAGACAUCAUUCAUGAUUAAUUAUUUUUACCUUAACAUUCUGUUGUGAAAACACAUUUUUUUGAUGUUUGCUCUUUUACUUUCAACUACGAACAGUGCAGCUAAUGUGUUUGUACAAGUUAUUUUGUUUUGUUUAAAUGACAUUAUUGUUUUAUCAAACAAAUGUGUAUUUGUUAUCAUAUUAAAAUAACUGUCAUUGACCUAUGAGAGAUGUGCAUGAAUUUAAUGUACGAAAGGAAAUACACAUAUAUACAUAUAUACAUGGUUCCAAAGGCUUUGUAUAGUUAUGAAGUAACAUUUAUGUUUAAUCAUUUAAAAUUGUCAUAUGACCUUUGCAGGGUUGGUAAAUGAAAAAAGAAAAAAAGAAAAAAAAGUUAAUUUUAUGUUGAAAUCCAAUUACAAUAAAAGUGUAUGUUUAGUUAUAUAAAUAACAUUUAUAUUUUGAUUUUGUUUUUGCAUCAAAUUUAUUUAUGCAUUUUCUUCACACAUUGAUGUAUAUACAUACAUGUAUUUUCUUUGUACAAUUAGAAAACAUUUUUCAUUUCAACUGCUAUUUCUAUUAUAUUUAUGUUGUAUUUGUUUUAUUUAUUUACUUGAAAGCUUUUGUUUUUAUCAUAAGAUAUUUAAGUCAAGCAUGCUUAUUUGUAUGAAGCAUAUAUAUGCUAAAAAGGUCAUGUAAGCAUUUACUAUUGAAAACUUUCAAACAGUUGAAUUAUUAAUUUAAUAUGUUUUAGUAUUGUGCAAAAGGAAAAUUAUCCUUUAUUUCUUGCAUCUAUAUUUGUUAAUGUUUCACUAUAACUAUGUAUGCCUCCAUGACUUGAUAUGAUUUAAAUGUUUCUGAUUUUGAUUCAUUUUACUUGCUGCUAUUCAACUAUGAGUGCCCCCCCCCCGGAUAAUGAGAUACUGCUUUAAACAUUUUAAGUUGUGUAAAUUAGCAUUUUUGUGUAAAUAUGGCAAAUGGGGAUAAUUUGAUAUAUUUUUGUGAUAUUUUGUUAAGUAUUUUUGUUAUGUUUGAGUGUAAUAAAAUACGGUAAUUACACCAUUGGUGAGUUAAAUGUUUUCAAAGAGUAAAGAUAAAUGUACAUAAUUCAUUCAAAGUGAUGUAAUUUUUUGUUUUGUGAUAUUCGGCUGUGUUUUAAAACAUAAUAUGCUUGUAUAAUUCUAGCCAUGUGACAUAGAGACUGCAUAGCCAUUUUAAAGUAAUGCAUGGAUUUAAAAAAAAAACGUCUGCCUUUAUACUACAUUGAUACCAUAUCAAAUUAUUAUUUACUUUUAAACGUGUUGUUUCACAAUUAUUUUGUAUAUAUAAUGUAUUAAUCCUUAAUUGUAUUUGCAUACAAGAACAAAGAAUGUUGUUUUAGCCACUUUUUGAAAAUGUGUUUUUGAUAACUUUUCAUUGUUAAAGCUUCAAAUUACCCUUUUGUAAAUAGAUUGAAUUUUGUAAUUUUAGCUAGAAUUUUCAAAAACUAGCGACACCGACACCGGGCUUUGGUGUUUACGUCUGCAUCAGCAUUGGUCAGAUUCUUUUGACCACUCCACUUUUCUUGUAGAAUAGGUCAUUUUCUUAGUUUUGUUGACAAAAUAAACAACAUGGAAUCCUACAAUUCUGAACUUUUUUCCCACUUUUAACGACUUCCUUUUAAAUGAUUUUAUUUUAUGAACUAACUCCCUAUGUAUGACAAUACUGUCGGGCCUUUGCAUAACAUAACUAUUCAAUUUGGUUUUGAAUUUUAAAGACCUUCUCUUUUCAUGCUAUCAGACACUGAAAGAAGUCCUGAAGACUGCUCUUGAAAAAAUAUGCCCAAACUUAGUAUACUACAGGAGUGUAGUUUUUUAUAAUCAUUUAAGUAUGUACCAAAAAUUAUGUUUAUUGUAAAAUUUGAAUGCAAACAUUUAAAACUAAUACAGACUAGGACUAAUAAAAAUAUUAGCUUACAAUGUUUUAACGAAAGCCAGAAUUUUUUGUAUAUACAUGUAUAUAUAUUAUCAAGCUUUUCGACAAUCUCUUCUUUAUAGAAGACACUUCAUAGCCUUAAGGCAAUAAGUGAGUAUGGGCCAAGUUACAGUAUUAGUCUUUUGUAUGGCCCUUUAAGAAUAAUUUGCUGAAAUUAUGUUUCAUGAUUAUGAUUAUUUUUUUUUUCGAGGGAUAUACUUUAUUAUUGUAAAGGCGAGCCCUUUAACGGUUUUCUUGUUUGGUCAUUUUUGGAAGGAACUCUUUCACAAUUAAAAUAGUUAAUUUUAAUCAUUAUGAUUAUUUUUAUAACAUGUUAAACAAUUUUUUAUACUUUAUUACUGCAUUUUGUAUUAAGGGUGAACCCUUUAAUUCAUCGAAAUGUAUAUGUUGAUGAAAAGAUAUUUGCAUCUUAUACUUAUUUUUUUCUAUACAUGCCUAUAAUUUUCGAGGGAUAUACUUUAUUAUUGUAAAGGCGAGCCCUUUAACGGUUUAUUUGUUUGGUAAUUUUCGGAUGGAACUCUUAAACUCAUUAAAUAUUCCGGUAUUUAAAGCUUUAAAAUUAAGCUGAAGGGAUAUACUUUUAUUGUUAAGUUUUGUUAUUAUCAUGACAAGGGAUACACUUUAUUAUAACAUUUUAUAAUAAGGGCGAGCCCUUAAAAUCAUCGAAAUAUAUAAAUGAAUAUUUCGAUAACAAUAAUUUAUUACAUCUAAUGAUUUAUAUUUUAUUCUAUAUAUAUUUUUCAAGGGAUAUACUUUAUAUUUGUAAAGGCGAGCCCUUUAACAAUUUACAUUUUUUGUCAUUUUCGAAAAGAACAUUUUUAAUUUUAACACUUUGAUUUAAAAUUAAUUUCAAGGGAUAAACUUUAUUUUCUAGAGGCGAGCCCUUUCAAAACUUAAUCAAACUAAUUAUUUGGUCUUUAUAAAUGUUUUGAAAAUAUUGUUGUACAUAAUCUCUACUAAUAAAUUUGGAAUACUGAACCUAGUUAG